AUGUGCUACACCUCCAACUACCCCAUCAACUCCACCUGGGAUGGCAGCUGCUGCUUCAACGAUGACGCAUGUGCCAAGUAUGUUUGUGGCGCCCAAAACUCGACCAUCAUCUACGGCCAAUCAGAGUACGGCGGCGAUAUCGUCUGCCUUUUGAACUAUACUGGGCCUGAUCAGACGUUGACCGGGAACAACAAUACCAAUUGCAGCGGGACGGGCUGUUUGUGGAAGGAUGGGGUGGUGAGCGGCUCGUCUGCCGGGGGUGGAAGGAAGGAGACAAUGGACGGGGUACUGGGCAUCUGGGCUUUGACAUUGUGCUUUCUGGCGCUGGGGCCCAAGACGCUCUACUGA